AUGGGACUUCCAAACAGACUCAAGGGACAGCAGCCUGCACUAGAUUUCUUUCCAAACGCGAGCGUGAUUUUAGCAGCAAGAAUGAGUUCAUCUUUCAUUGUUAAUAUUCCUAAGUGUAUUCCUUCCUCUCAAUUCACACCCACUACGAUUAGACCAGCAGUAGCGGCUGUUGGUGAUAAAGUUGCUAUGCCAGCUGUGACAGACACCGAUCAGAUCAAAUCCCUCCACUCUUCCUCUACUGCCCAAGUUUACUUUGCGGGAGAAUUCAAGAGUGUCUCAUGUAGAAUAGCCAGGGAUCUUGUGAGCAUGGACAUUGAUGAUGGGAAUUACAAGCUGACCACAGUCGUAGGCUACCAGGUGGGGGUAGAAGUCUGUGAAAAAGCUACAGGCUCCUUCUGCAAUCGAGUCCUUCAGCCAUCGUCGAUUUACAGGGUGAAUUUCUUUAUUCUGGAUGAAAAUGCUGUAAUCAGAGCUCAUACAGGCUGGUCAGAUGCCAUACAAACAAACAAUGUGACAAGCUUCACGGCAUAUGAUGGAUCAUUCUUAGGGCGGGCCGGAGGAAUGAUAGUGAUCACAGUACUGCUUUCUGUUGGUAUGUUUGUGCUCGUGGUUGGCUUAAUUGUAGCAGCAGCUCUUGGAGGAAAAAAAUCAUAAAUCGGGCAAGCCAAGAUUGCCUUCCAGAACAAAAACGACUACCGAUCUGAAUGAACUGCUUUCCAGGAAUCAAGAAUAUCUACAAUAAUGAGUGCUGUAUUAAAAAGUGAAUAUGAAGAAUUAGAAAGGGAAUAUGAAGAAUUAGAAAUAGUAUAAAUCAGAAUUGAAGAUGUAUAAUGUAUCGGAUGAAAACUGUAUAUAGCCUGAUUUACAAUGUGACAAUUUUUCCAUCAAGAGCUAUCAUCAGAGUUGGGCCCAAACCGAACAACCCUGAAGUUUGGUUCCAAGUUGGCUUGGGACUUUCUCUAGCUAAGGUACUUUGGUGCCAUAAACAAAAAUCCAUCGUCAUUAACCUGAGACAUGUAGCUAGCGAGUUGUAUAUCACAUGUGUCACAGUGCACGACUUUUAAUUCUAGCAGCAACAUUUCUGAGGGUGCUUGGGCAGGCUUCAUAUUUCAGUGUCUUAACACAUCUGCUGUGUUAGUGGUUGUAUGGUAUACAAUGGUUGAUCAUGGGUGCACUGAGGGCUAUGGCUCAUUGUAUGUAGUGAAUUUCUCUUUACACCCAUGCAUCAGAGGCCACCAUCUUUGAGUCUGAUAUUUCACGUUGGCUGGAUAUGAUAUAUAGUGCAUUGUGAUAACUGGCAUAGGAGUUGAUUUUAUAUACCUGAUCCUUAGAGAUGUUGAGCAGCUAUAACUUCCAUUAACCCAAAUCCACAAGCAUCUCAUUGACAUCAAUGAACCCAUAGGGCUCAAACCCAGGUUUUCAAAGGCCAUAGGAACAACCACACUCCAACCCGCCACUUGGCAGUCUGCUGCCAAUGGCUUACCUGGGACCCAUGAAGCCCAGCCCCAGGGUUAGGCUCUGCCCUGAGGUCCAUUUGGCAUAGCCCCGAAGCAGCUGAUUGGCCCAUUGGCCCUACUUAGGACUGCAGUAGGAACAGUAAGUUGUCUGAACAACUGGGCUCCACUCUGCUUGGGACUGUGUAUCUUGUGACUCCAUGUCCUUGAUUUCUUGGCAUCUGACUUGUGGUUCUGGAACUCCAGUUUGUUUCCUGCCUCUGACCUCCUUGGUAUCCUGACCGAUCUUGACUCUGGUUCCUGACUUGUGGUUCUGAUCCCCAGUUUGUCUUCUGCUUCUGACCUUCUAGUAUCCUGACCCAGCUGACUCUUGCUCCAACUUCUAGGUUUGACCUGGUUGUGACAUCCAGUACCUCUCAGGAUCAGGCCCUACCAUAGUAUUGUAGUUGUCCUGAUGAGUUUACAUGGUUUGCAUAUUGAUCCAUAGUAACAGUUAUUCUCCUGAAGGGUCUGUGCCCAGGGCCACUCUGAAAAUUUUCACUUAUGCUAACCACUAAAACUGAGCUGAAAGAGCUUUUAUUGCUUUGAGCUGAAAGGCCUCAUCUCAGCUGUCAGAAUUUACUUUGAUGUUUUGGCAACUGCACUCAGACCUCUGAAGUGGUCCAGCUGUUAGCCCUCGGAGGUGUAAGUAUUUUCAAUUAGUAUUUUCAGUAUAAAUAAUAAUACCAAUAACCAAAUUAAAUUCUUUAGGUUUGAGGCUCUGGGGUGGUUACAGAUAACUUUAGUUUAGUCAAAGACUGUGAAUGACACCACAAGUGAUAGAAUUAAAGACUUCAUUUAAAAUAGAAAUUGAAAAUAGAAUAGAUGGUUAAAGCAAACAGGAAUUAUGAUAUAACCAUACACUGCAUUUUUAUACUCACAUUCCAAAAUGAAAUGGUGCACCGGGGUGACCAUUCCCUGAAUGAGAAGAAUGGGUAAAUAAUCCUUUUACUAAUAGUACCUUGAUAAUGAAUGAGCAUGCUAAUCUAAAAUUAAUGUGUUAUCCUUUUUAAAAUAAUUUACAAUAACAUCCUUGAUUAAUUAGCAUUAAGCCUAUCUUUUACCAUAUCUAUAUUUCCGCUAUAUUGGCUAUUUAAUAUUAAACAUUAUCUUUAACAACUGCGUAAAUGCCAAUCCAAUAACUGUCAGUAUAGAUAGCAUCCUUCCACAAGAAUUACAUUACAUCCAAAACUCUUGUUAGAGCCAAACACAUUUACAACAUGGCCUGGGGUUAUGUCCUAAGUUAUCUCUAACUUGGCUAUGAAUUGUCUUUCUUCACUUCACCCACAAUUUACCACACCCUCGCUAUUGUCAAGCCUAAACUUUGGCCCCAAAAUGUAUUCUCCACUUACAUUUUUAGCACAUUUCAAUUAUAUUUUAUGUAAUAUAAACAAACAUCACUUUUAUAGGCUACAGAGGACAGGUUCCCAAUCAUCGUCAUGUGGCAAAAGGAAAAAAAUACUGGGAAAAAAAAUAGAUUGAGAAGAUGGAGUCUGAGUUUAAUGGAGAUGUGAAUAUGGUAGACCCCUACAUAAUUAUAUAAAAGUACAGCCUAUAACUAAGAGAGAGAGUGGGAAAUGAUAGAAAUACAUUGGGCCAAAUUCUACUCUCAGACAAACCCAUGCAAACCCAUUGACUUCAAUGAGGAUGCACAGGUGUAAGUGUGAGCAGAAUUUGGCUCUUUGGGCUGAAUCCAAAGCCCACUGAAGUCAAUAGGAAGCUUUCCAUAUGACUUCAGUGAGUUCUGGAUCAGGUCCUUUAUGUUUGGUAUCAUCGGGUAAAUGUACCCCUCCAAAUCUUACAACUAAGUAUAAAUGUAACUGUCAGUGAUUACUUUUAUGAAGUAAUAACUGUGUCAAAAUGAAAUAAAUGACAAUCUGUGAUGAGGAUUUAAAAGCAAUAAUAAUAGUGAAAAUUCGCUGCAGUUUCAUGAUGAUGCUGAAUUUCAUGAAACCCAUAAUAGCAAGAGUGUGAUAUAUCAACAGAGG